GAUUUUAUUAGUUAUAGAGUUAUCUUCCCUUAGGCCACAAAUGAAAGCAAAGUGAAAAUGGCAAAGAACCACCAUAUUAUCUUUAAGAAAAGACCCGGUGUAAAUGGAGAGCCAGCAGAAGACAAUUUUGGGUAUGAAGAGUGUGAUUAUCCUUGUGAUCCACAGAACAAUGAAGUUCUACUGAAAACAUUAUACUUAUCAAUCGAUCCAGCAAUGAGAUGUCGGAUGAAUGAGGAGACUGGUGUUACUUACAUUGGACCGUUUGGGAUUGGAGACAGAAUUGGAGGGUUUGGAGGAGUUGGGGUGGUGGUGAAAUCAGCCAAUCCAGACUUCCAGGAUGGAGAUGUUGUCCAUGCAGGAUUUAACUGGCAGUGGGUUGAAAACUUCUUAGAAACUCCAGGAGAACAUUUUCCUCUCAGGAAGAUUGAUUCCUCACUAGUUAAUGGACAGGUUUCCUUAUACCUGAGUAUAUUGUCCUUGACCUCAGGUCUCACUUCUUAUCUUGGGGUCAAAGUGAAAGGCCAUGUCACCCCAGGUGCCAAUCAAACAAUGGUUGUGAGUGGAGCAGCAGGUGCUUGUGGAUCUCUGGCUGGACAGAUUGGAAAACUAGAAGGAUGUUCAAGAGUUGUAGGUAUAUGUGGAUCUGAGGAGAAAUGUCAGUUCCUGACUGAAGAGCUUGGAUAUGAUUCUGCAAUUAACUAUAAAACAAAGGAUGUUUCCUCUGAGCUACAGAAGUUGUGUCCUUCCGGUGUGGAUGUGUACUUUGAUAAUGUUGGAGGAGAUCUCAGUAACACAGUCAUAAAACAGAUGAAUACAGAUUCCCAUGUGAUACUAUGUGGUCAGAUAGCUGUCUACAACAAGGAUGUUCCCUACCCUCCACCUAUCCCUGAAGAUGUACAGAGAAUUCUCACAGACAAAAACAUCACAAGAGAUCGGUACCUGGUGCUCAACUAUCCGGACAAGUUUGAGUCUGGAAUGAAGCAAAUUGUCGAGUGGACUGUUCAAGGAAAAUUAAAGGUGAGGGAAACCAUUGAAGAAGGACUACAGAAUGCGGGCAAGGCAUUUGUUUCCAUGAUGAAGGGAGGAAAUAUAGGAAAACAGCUAGUACACGUGGGAGAUUCCUGAACUUAGGACGAUAUUUACAAUUAAUGACUACUUAAAAAAAAAAAAACUAAAUUUAAAUAUUGUGUACUGAUAAUCAGACAAUUUAGUGUUAAUUAAGACUAUAGUGUAUUAAAUUCCAAUCAAUGAUUACGGGUAUGAAGAAAAUUAUGUUACAUGAUUAAUAUGACAAUGGUGUAAUCAUCCCUAUCGGUUUUAAAUCAAAUAUACAUUUUUUAUUAUUGAUUAAGGUCAGUAUUUUAAUACAUGUACAGUGUACAUACAAGUAUAUGUGCCUACAGAUUCCCACUAACAUCAGCAGUAGGUAGACCAUCAUCAAUAUCAUUUGAAGUGAGAAGGGGACUUUAAUGGAAAAUGUUGAAUGCAAAGUUUUAAAGGUAUUUUAGAGAGAUGGGAAUAUUGCUGGGAUAUAUGCAACAUGCUCUGUGAUAUACAUAUCCAUAUAUAUAUCUAUUCUGUAUUGAUGGAUUGGAUCAGGGAAAUAAAAUAUAGUAAAAUGUUAUUACUGGCUCUCGGUAUAGCACUGUGAAUACAGAGGAAAUGUGAAAGAUAAGUUCCAUUGAUGUACCGUUAAAAUGGUAUUGAAUUGGAACUUUAGUCUGGAAUAGUAUUUAAUAAACACAACUGAAUACCAAC